AUGCUUUACGCUCUGCAGCGUUACCUAAAAUACUUUGCCAUCUUGGGUCUGGUGCCGUGGUCCGAGAAGGCGCCACAGCAGCAGCUGCAAAAGAUCUAUACGAUUGUCAUAAUAUUUCUGAACAUCGGAGUGGCCUUCUAUAUAGUAUUCUAUGCCUCGCCAGAGGGUGAUUUACUGGUAUCGAUGCUGGUGAGCUGCACCGUGUUCAUAUCGCAGAUUGUGACCAUGUCAGUUGUCGAACUGCAAGUGAUGUGCCAGCAUAAAAGAUACUACGAAUUCUGUCUGCAGUUAAAGUGCCUGAGAUUGCAUUUUCAGUGCGAACUACAGCAGCCAGUUAAGGGUUGGCCCUGGACCAGAUAUGUCAAGUAUUUUGUACUGGGCGUUAUCAAUUUUGUCUCACUCUUUCCAUCUGUAUAUGUGGUGCUACACUUUGAUUAUAUUGGCUACUUUUGGUUCUCCCUGGGCGCCGUUUUGAUCAAUCGUGUUCAGUGUCUGCUGCUGCUGCUCUAUGCUGAGCUUCUUGGAUAUCAUGUGGAGCUAUUGGAUCAGCGUCUGCAGGCGGUGCACAGCUAUCGUCUGCUGGGCGCCCAAUCGCAGUUGAAUGUAAAAUUUGAGCAAAUGUGCUCCUUGGAGUAUUUGUUGAGCCUGAAGCGCGCCUACAUGGAGCUAUAUCGUUUAUUUGAACUCUAUAAUAGCCUGUUUGGCUGGUCGAUUGUCUUCAUCUUUGUGGUUAUGUUUCUGGACAGCAUCGUUAAUAUAUAUUGGUCGCUGCUGGUUCUCACUGAAAUCUAUAGCUUUGUUUUCAUCUACAUGACCUGCUCGACCUUUGUGCCGCUGCUCAUAUUGAUCUUCACCUUCUGCCGUUGCGGCGAGUACUGCAAGCAACAGCACAUGCUCAUAGGCAGCCAUGUACGUGGCCUGGCCUGUGCUGCACAAUGCCAAGCCGUACCGCCAACUUUGGCAUACAAUGCAGUCCUGGCCGAGUUCGCCAUGCAGGUGGAACAGGAUGCAUUGAUCAUUAGCGCCGAAGGCUUUAUGGAUAUUGACUACAGCCUGCUAAUGUCGAUCUUUACGGCCAUGGUCACCUAUCUGAUUGUGCUCAUGCAAUUCGGCUCGUUAUAUACCUAA